AUGGCUGCAGCGUCGGCGCUGCACCAUCGCGUGCUGGUGCUGGGAAGGGGAUCGAAAUGCGCAUCUCGCGUGGCGCUCGGAGGUCUUGGUCUCCAAGAUACAUCGUUCCUUUACACGUCGACUUCGCCGCUACGACCUAAGCCUAUUCUGACAAUGGCCUCAAGAGACGCUCCUUGUCGCUGGAUCGUCAUGGGAUUCAUUCGCAGACUGCUUGCACAGAAGGCCGCGCCAAAAGUUGAUCUCAACACACUCCCUCCCGGCUCAUGGAUCCUCGGCCAUGAUAAUGCGUCAUUGACUGGAACCACGUUUGCCAUUGAUACAGGCUUCAACAUGGCUCGAUCUCAGCCUCUGGAUCACCAGCGCGAGGCGUUUCGAGAGGCUACCUUCCAACUUCCUUAUGAGAUAGCCCGACUCAACAAUGACGCCCCGGAGUUCAAGCUCGAGGACAUGGGAACCGUGCCGCCCAUCCCUGAAGAAUGGCGAGCAUACGUGCCUGAGAGUGUUUUUGCGUUGGAACCCGUCUUCGAUCCGCAGGCCGAUGCGCGUGUCUUUCUGUAUUUCCCAGAUGGGACCACCAAGGCGACUGUUGCCUUCGUGGCCAUAAACACCGAGCUCGGAGUUCCGCCGAUCACCUCGAAAGAUGGGAUGAAUGUGGUGUCAUCCACAGACCAUUCGGGGUUGUUCAAGCAGGCCCUGAAUUCUUGGACAACUUGGUACCUGGUCACUGCAACCGAGAAGUCAGAUGUUCUCGAACAGAUCGAGCCUGGAAAGCUUCCAGUCAUCUUCCUGUUUCGGGAGAAAGCCGCUACAUGUGUCUUUGACACUGAGUCGCAAACUUUUCAGAAUCUAGACUCGAUGCUAUUGAUACUUGGUUUUGGGGGGCCAGAUGCCAACAGGUCUUGA